CAAAGCAAGCUUUCAACUACACCUUAUUUCUUGUGUACCACUUUGCAAAAUAAUCGAAGGACUAUCUGAAAAUCCAAAAAUGCAUAAACUAUUCAAGAGCAUUUUGUGUUUUUGCUUGGUUGCUGCGUCGGCUGUAGAAACGACAGAUAAUCAAAGCAGCACAACCACAAUCACUCAAGCCACCAAUCCUACAACCAUGCCUCCCACCACAGGUGGCACCACGGUUUCCACCACGACUACCACCACAGCUUCCACCACUGCUUCUACCACGUCUGCCACUACAGCUACCACCGUGCCUACCAACACAGCUUCUACCAUGCCUGCCACCACAGCUGCCACCGUGCCUGCCACCACAGAUGGCAGCACUCCUGCCACCACAGCUGCCAACACAGCUUCUACCACGCCGGUCACCACAGCUGCCAACACAGCUUCUACCACGCCGGUCACCACAGCUGCCAACACAGCUUCUACCACGCCUUUCACCACAGCUGCCAACACAGCUUCUACCACGCCUGUCACCACAGAUGGCACCACUCCUGCCACCACAGCUGCCACCACGCCUGUCACCACAGCUACCACCACGACAAAAGGACCCUGCACUCCAAAUCCUUGUAUUGGAAACGGAAUUUGUGAAGAGCGGUAUGGGCAGGUUUUUGUUUGCACCUGUCGGCCUGGACUGGUUUACGAUAACACCACAGGCUGUAUUCCAGCAAAGGUUUUCCCUGGUGAUUUUACUUUAUCUGACGAAAUGUUUGAAAAGGAAAUGUCUGACCCGAAAUCUGAAUCUUUUAUAAAAAAAGCUGAACAAAUCCAGGCCGAGCUCCGGUCUGCUCUCCAAAGUGAUGAUGGCUACCUUUAUUCUCUUGUUUUGAGUUUGAGAAGUGGCAGUAUUGUUGCAGAAGUGCGAAAUUUCUAUGGGAUUUCAUCAAAUGCCACAACAGAAUCAGUUGAAAGCCAGAUUAACCAAAAAAUACCUGAUUCAUUUGAAAAAAAGUCGGUGUGUGACAUUGGUUUCUGUGAUACAACCACCACAUCUUGUAGUGGUGAUGGCAUUGCAGUGUGUACCUGUAAAAAGGGGUACAUCAAGUCAGAAUUCUCAACUCAAUCCUGCUUUUCUUGUCCCUAUGGUGAAAAAGCAGUUGAUACAGAAACCUGUAAAAAGUGUGAUUUUGGCUUUUCUGGAUUCAACUGCAAUGAUCCUAACCUGUUGGUCGUGGUUGUGGUGUCCUGCGUGUUGGGCACAUUGCUGAUCAUAUGUGUUGUCGCACUUAUAGUCGUGUGCAGCAGGAAACAAAAAGUUACCAGCUCAAAGUCUAAGGAAGAUUUUAGCGUGGAAAUGCAUAAACCCAAUGAAGUUCCCAGGAUCCCCCGGGUCAAUCCUACUUCAAACUGGCAGCCUGCAAAUCUGGAAGUGACCAAGAGUGGGAGCACUGAGGCACUGGUGACCAAAAGUCAGCGAGACAACAAAGCGCGCUACACUACUUAUGAUAAUGACAGCGAUGACGGGAGGAACGGGAAUCAUGAUCCUCCAGUGUACGGUGGAGUCAGGGUUAUGGAAAAUGGUUUAAGAGGCAACCAAAACCCAUACUAUCGGCAAGAUGAGGACAGAAUGCCCAGAUAUUAGCUGCACAGGAUAGAUCCUUGUUCCUUCAACUUUUUUUCAAAUAAAAGGCUGAAUUACAUUUUAUUCAUUUCUUAACUGACCAACAUAUUUUCAAGAAACACACAUUACACUUGAAUAUGUGUUGUUAUUUUAAUUAUGCAGGAGCAGAAUUCAGAUUUUUUUCUGUAUUUUAUCUACGGUAUUAACACUCAUCAUGAACUUUAGCUCAUAAAGUUUAUCUCGUUGGUUUUUUCUUUUGUAUAUAUGCUUUUGUUUUAAAUAUUUAAGUAACAUUUAGACAUGAACUGUUUAAAAAGGAAUUACAGCUAUUUUACUAUCUUUUUAUACAGACUUACAAGUAUGCAAUCAGUGAUUCUUGUUUGCUUAUUACAUUAACACACCCUUUAAAAAACAUAAAAAAUGUUUUCUUAUUUAUGCAAUGGGUUUGGAUUUUCUUCGUUUUUGAAUGUUGCUUGGGCUGGAACUUACGUUCGCUGUAGAUAAAUCUAAAUCAUACAUUUUUAUAAUUAUUGUUCUUGGUAAGAAAUCAAAUUUAUUUAAGAUAUUGAAACUGAUUGUAUUUUAAAUGUUGUUCUUGGUAUGUCUAAAUGCCAAACGAUCUAUUAUCAAUAAACUAAAGUUUAU